AUGAGGCCGGCGCCGUUCCUCCUGCUGCUCCUCCCGGCUCCCUCCCUCCAAAAAAUCAGCGACGGCGUCGCCAAGCUGAGCUCGCAGGAUACGGAGCAGUACCUCACCAAGUUCUCCUUUUCGCCGCGUGUGGCGUCGCUGCUCAACAUCUCGUUUCACGUGGCGGAGCGAGAGUACUUUGACCGGCACCAGCACGAGCUCACGCUCUGUCUCUACUCGGACACCGAUUGGCCCCGCUUCCGCCGCGCGAUGACCAAGGGCUCGCUCUGCUCCGAGAGGCAGCGGCUGGCGUCGUGGUCGGCCAAGGUGCAGCCGGAGGUGACCUACCGGCCAGGCACGGGAUACCGGCACGACUUUGACUGGGCGGGCACGCUCACCGCGCCAAAGGGGCGUGCGCACUACUGGUACGCCAUGCUGAUGGACUGCUACCUCGAGGAGUACGACGCCCACCCGCCGCCCCUCAACUACCGGCUCAUCUUCAUGAACGGCAUGCUCGCCUACGGCGCGCUCUACUUUUUCUCGCUCUACUCGCGCUUCGCCGAGCAGCGGCAGCUCGCUGCGCCCCGCCACCGUCGUGUCGGCACGCAGCUGCACCUCAUCACCGUCGUGUUUGCGCUCGCCUACGCGCUGCAGGCCGCCUCGGUUCUGUGCGAGCUCUGCCACUUGCGCGCCUUCGCCGCGGACGGCAAGGGCUUGCGGUGGCGGCACACUUGGCUGGCGCUUGACUUUGGCUCUGGCCUGCUGCAGUCCAUCUCCGAGCUCUCGAUCUCGCUGCUCCUCAUCUCGCUCGCCUUCGGUUGGACGCUCGGCCUCGAGUCGCAGGAGCCGCUGGCGGGGCUGGGCGCCUCUCGCCUCAAGGGCAAGCUCUGCGUUGACUGA